AUGCAAUUAAGCCGAGCAGUGAUUGGUGCUGCAUUGAACACUAAUAAUUUAAUCCACUGGCAAGAUUUGGAGAAUGCUUUUCAAAAUCGCAUAAAAACCGGAAGUAUCAUCAAUGAGGGUCAUAUUGACUUACAAAACUUUCUAUAUGAUGCUAAAAAAAUACUUAUCAAUAAAAUUCAAACUACUCUAAAAACUGAAGAGAUUGAGGAGAAUAAAUCUUUUAACACUCCAACUGUUGAUAUUUUACCCUCAACAUCAUUCGAAAAUUGGUUCAAAGAAGAUGUUUAUAAUACCGUUCUCCAAAAAAUUGAAGAAUUUAAUGAAAAGGACUCCGGAUGGAGUUUAAGUGAAGUUAUAAACCUGGAUGUUAAUAUCUCCCGGUUUGCUCCGAUUCAUGUUGGUUUUUCAAAGUUCAUUUCAUUACCAAAGAAGAUAAUGGAUACAGGUGGUAUAGUGAACAUUCAGAAUAAGAAUAUGUACUGUUUUUCAUGGUGUAUUAAAGCUGCGCUGUUCCCUGCAAAAGAUCAUCCGUAUCGUGUUUCAUCAUACAAAAAUUUAGAUGAUAAGUUUAAUCUUAAAGAUUCGCUUUCCGCUCAAGUAUUGCUAGCUACCGCUUUAGUCCAGGUCCGCCCACAUCAUGGUAAUCCAAUCACCGCCAGAGUGUUGAUUGAUCAAGGUUCAGAGCUCUCAUUUAUGAGACAGUCGCUCUUCAAAAAGCUUGGACUACCGCUACAGCGUGACAUGGUCAUGCUCAAGGGCAUUGGCAAUGUCUCCGCAGGAAUCUCACUAGGUGUGAGCACAAUUGAGCUUCGUUCGCUGUGUACGACCACAUCAUUGCAUGUCAGCAUGCAUAUUCUACCAACACUGACGGUAGAUCUUCCAUCGUUCGUGAUCGCUGAUCCGAAAUGGCCGCAUCUUGAGAAUCUUAAGCUCGCUGACCCGCAGUAUCUACAGCCACGCCCUGUAGAUAUUAUUCUAGGUGCAUCACCAGCCGCACAGAUCAUGAACGCAGAGAUUCAACGAGGACCUCGCAAUGCUCCUAUUGCACAAUCCACCACGCUCGGUUGGAUUGUCUAUGGAGCUGUCACCGCUAAACACGCUUCAACAUCACACGCAGCACUCCAUGCGUCAGAAGAAGUUCCAUCAGGAAAUUCAUCGCUUAACACCGCUGAAGAAGACGAAUGUGAAAUUCACUUCCGUCAAACGCAUUAUCGACAGCCUGAUGGACGCUACGUAGUGAGAUUACCGCUUAAAGCCCUCGAGAGUCAACUUGGCGACUGUAUCAACGCAGCUAUGGGGUCACUCCGCAGAUUAAUAACUCGCUUGUCGCGAGAAAGAGAAUAUUCUGACAUGUAUCGUGCAUUCAUGGCAGAAUACAUUCAACUAGGACACAUGGUACGAGUACCAGUCAACGAAUUGCCCGCAAACGCUUACUUCUUGCCUCACCAUGGGGUAUUGAAGCUUGAUAGUGCCACUACGAAGCUCCGCACAGUGUUCAAUGGUUCCUGUGCAACAUCUACAGGAAUUUCAUUGAAUGACAUUCUCCACGCAGGACCCAAAACGCAAAUUGACAUUUUUGAUAUGAUGUUGAGAAUCCGUUGCAGCAGGAUUCUAUUCGCUACUGACAUCACCAAGAUGUUCAGACAGAUUGAGGUCGACUCGCUUGAUUGGCCGCUUCAGUGCAUUCUCUGGAUAGAUGAGAAUGACUUAAUAGACGCCUACUGUCUCAAGACAGUCACAUACGGAACCGCUAGUGCACCUUUUGACGCAGUACGUGUGCUUAUCCAACUAGUAAAGGAUGAAGGACACCGCUUUCCGCUAGCUGUUGCUCCAAUGUUGAAAACACGCUACGUAGAUGAUAUCUACGGUGGAGCAGACAACGAAGAAGACGCUAUCAAGGCUGCAGUACAAUCAAAAGCUCUGUGUGCAGCAGGCUGCUUCCCACUUGCCAAAUGGGCUAGCAAUAGCCCACGGUUACUCGCUGAAGUCGCUCCAGAAAAGCAGCUGGAUACACCGCUUAAAGAAAUCAGUGAUGCACCAGUAAAAGUCCUGGGCAUGUACUGGAAUUCACGCACUGACGCUCUCCAGUUCAAGUACACGCUACCGCCAGAGACGCCCAAGACAAAAAGAGCUAUUUUGUCUGAAAUCGCUAAGCUGUAUGAUCCGCUAGGACUUCUCGCACCAAUAGUCGUCAAAGCCAAGAUCUUUAUGCAAAAUCUGUGGCUAGAUAGAGUGUCAUGGGAUGAACAAUUGUCACCAUCACUCAUUCACAAAUGGACUGGAUACCGCGAGGAUCUUCGAAACAUCGAAUCCAUCCGCAUUCCACGCUGGAAUAAUAUAGCACCUGGAGCAACUAUGGAAUUGCACGGGUUCUCAGACGCUUCGCAAAACGCUAUGGCUGCCGCUGUUUAUUUGAGAGUCACUGACGCUGAUGGGAACAAAGGUCUCACUUUUGUGUUCAAAAACGCAAAAGUUCAGUCACUUAAAAAUGUCAGGAUCAAUCUCUGGACUGACUCCGCCGUGACUCUCGCAUGGAUUAAAAGUCCAGCAAUCCGCUGGAAGACAUUCGUCCGCAAUAGAGUGGGAAAAAUCCAAGAAACGCUUCGAGAUGUCUCCUGGAAAUUUAUUCCAGGAAAACAAAACCCCGCUGACUGCGCUUCAAGAGGUAUACCUACGCUAAAACUGAAACAACACGCUCUCUGUUGGCAAGGACCAACUUGGCUUCAUGAACCAGAAUCCUCUUGGCCCACUCUGGAGCCUCCAACCGACAACGCAACGCAUCGAGAAGAACGCCAAGGUCUGACACUAGUAACUUGGAAAGCAGAAAAUUGCCUGCUCCAACAAUUACUGUCGCAUUACACGCAGCUGUUUCCACUGCUACAGAAGCUUAGCAUCUGGCAUCGUGCCAUCGACCGCUUUAAAAGAGUUCCACAAUCUUCGCUGGCCUACCCGCUUACUCCAUCAGACCUGGAGCGCGCUAAAUUGACCUUGAUUAAGUUCACUCAAGGACAAUACUUCGCUAGAGAGAUUCACACGCUACAAGAUGGUGAUGGUCUGCCUAAAAAUAACAGCAUCACUAAGCUGACUCCGUUCAUCGACCAUCAGGGGGUCCUGAGAGUCGGUAACCGCUUGAAAAACGCAUUGCUGGACCCAGAAGAGAGGCAUCCAGCGAUUCUACCGCGACAAUCACCGCUUACAUCAAUUUUGAUUGAUGAUUCGCACCGCAAAACGCUUCACGGAGGUACUCAGCUUACGCUCGCUGACUUACGCAAGAGUGUCUGGAUCAUUGGAGGCCGUGUUCCAGUCAGAUCAUUUAUUUUACGCUGCGUUAUCUGCACGAGACACCGUGGAGAACGCGCUCAACAGUUGAUGGGUCAACUACCCGCCGCACGAGUACAGCCAACUCGAGCCUUCUUGCAUACAGGACUCGACUACGCUGGACCUAUCACGCUGAAAACGUUUCAAGGACGUGGAGCAAAAACAUACAAAGGCUGGAUUGCAGUCUUUGUAUGCAUGUUCAGUUCAGCUGUACAUUUAGAGCUAGUAACUGACUACACCGCUGCCGAUUUCAUCGCCGCUUAUCGCCGCUUCACUAGUCGCCGAGGUAUCUGCCACACGCUAUAUUCAGACUGUGGAACCAAUUUUGUAGGAGCAGAUAAAGAGCUGAAACGACUAUUCGCUGCAGGAUCCCGCACAUUACGAGAAUUAUCAACCUUGAUCGCUCAAGAUGGAACGAACUGGAAAUUCAAUCCGCCUGGAGCUCCAUAUUUUGGAGGAAAAUGGGAAGCCGCUGUGAAACCUAUCAAAUUUCACUUUCGAAGAACAAUCAGAGACUCGCUGUUGACGCUUGAACCGCUCACACCGCUGAAUGAAGAUCCUGCUGACCUGGCUGUACUGACUCCAGGUCACUUCUUAAUCGGACAGUCACUGACCGCUAUCCCAGAGCCAUCGCUGACAGAUUUACAACCUGCUCGGCUCUUGCACUGGAAACAAGUCCAGCAAAUGGUUCAAAAUUUCUGGAAACGCUACUACCAGGACUACAUCCACCGCUACCAGGCCAUUUCAAAGUGGCAUCAUCGACGCAACCAGAUCAAGGUGGGUUCAGUUGUACUGAUCACCACUGAGGAUCUCCCGCCAACCAAGUGGCCAUUAGCCAAAGUAAUUGCUGUCCAUCCAGGUGAAGAUGGACAAAUCUGCGUGGUAACUGUUAAGACAGUUAACACAGAGCUGGUACGUCCAAUUACAAAGCUCUGUGUCCUGCCACUAACGCAUGAAGAAGAUGAUCUUGUCGACGCAGCCGCCAACCCGGGGGAGAAUGUUCGGUGA